AUGCCGGCUAACUCGGAGAAGCCUCACCUGUCCAUUGUGAUCUGCGGCCAUGUCGACAGUGGCAAGAGCACCACCACCGGCCGCUUGAUCUUUGAGCUGGGUGGCCUGCCUGAGCGUGAUUUGGAGAAGCUGAAGGCGGAAGCUGAGCGUUUGGGCAAGGGCUCCUUCGCAUUUGCCUUCUUCAUGGACAGACAGAAGGAGGAGCGUGAGCGUGGUGUGACCAUUGCAUGCACCACCAAGGAGUUCUUCACCGAGAAGUGGCACUACACCAUCAUCGAUGCCCCAGGCCACCGUGACUUCAUCAAGAACAUGAUUACCGGUGCCUCCCAGGCCGAUGUGGCACUGAUCAUGGUGCCAGCUGAUGGUAACUUCACCACUGCCAUUGCCAAGGGCAACCACAAGGCUGGUGAGAUCCAGGGACAGACUCGUCAGCACUCCCGCCUUAUCAACUUGCUGGGUGUGAAGCAGAUCUGCAUUGGCGUGAACAAGAUGGACUGCGACACUGCCGGCUACAAGCAGGCCAGGUAUGACGAGGUUGCCAACGAGAUGAAGAGCAUGUUGGUGAAGGUUGGCUGGAAGAAGGACUUCAUUGAGAAGAGCACCCCUGUGAUGCCAAUCUCCGGCUGGAUGGGUGACAACCUGCUGAAGAAGUCUGAGAACAUGGGCUGGUGGAAGGGUCAGGAUGUUGAGGUUGGCAGCGAGACCAUCCACGUUGACACCGUGUACGAUGUGCUGGACAAGAUGUGCCGUGUGCCUGAGCGUCCUGUGAGCGCCCCCAUGCGCAUGCCAAUCUCCGGCAUCUACAAGAUCAAGGGUGUGGGUGAUGUGCUUGCCGGACGUGUCGAGCAGGGUGUGGUGAAGCCUGGUGAGGAGGUGGUCUUCUUGCCCACUCACACUGCCUCCAACCCAUGCACAGGCAAGGUCUUCACCGUGGAGAUGCACCACCAGCGUGUGGACUUCGCCAACCCUGGCGACAACGUGGGCCUGAACAUCAAGGGUCUUGACAAGAACAACAUGCCCCGCUCCGGUGACGUGAUGGUCUACAAGAAGGACACCACCCUGGGCCAGACCAAGGAGUUCGAUGCUCAGAUCCAGGUGCUGGACAUCCCCAACGAGAUCAAGGUGGGCUACUCCCCCAUUGGCUUUGUGCGAUGCGGUCGCGCAGCAUGCCGUGUGUCCGCCCUGAAGUGGAAGAUGGGCAAGGAGACUGGUGGCAAGAAGAUGGAGGACCCUCACUCCCUGAAGUCCAACGAGAUGGCUCAGUGCAGCUUCCAGCCACAGCAGCCAUUGGUCUGCGACACCUUCAAGAACUGCGAGGGCCUCUCCCGUGUUGCCUUCAUGGACGGCAACGGUGUGGUGAUGCUUGGCAAGGUGGUGAGCUGCGAGCGCAAGGGCGAGGGUGAUGACAAGGGUGGCAAGAAGAAGCCUGGAAUUGCCUGGAGUGCUGAGGUUGACAGCUUAGCUGAGCGUUGCAGCAUGCCCUGCGUCCGAGAGCUUCAACGACAUCUGGGGAUGCCCGUGGCGUGGAACGAAGAGAGCGAAGAGAGCGAACGAGGGUCUGAGUCCCUAGGGCCCGAGCUGUUGAGAGAUACGGCCUUUGCAAGUCGAAACGCCUGGGGAUCGUACCUGAAGGACACAGGCAUCGCCAGUUUUAGCUUCACUGGCAAUGGCGUGGUGGUGGAACCCAUUGCGGACCAGGACGACACCCCCUGGCACGUGCAGCUGACACAACCCAUCGUGCUAGAUCAAGGGGGAGAGGAUUAUGCCUACUACGCCUUGUGCGUUCAAGCUUCGUCUCAGGAGGCGGGUUCCCUGCAGUUCGCCGUGGACGCCGAUGGUGCGCUGAACUUCGCCGUGGCCGGCGGCGGGCUGCGGCAGCAGCUGCGGCUGCGUGGCAACGGCGACGGCGAUGGCAGUGCGGCGGGGUGCUUCCAAUUCCGUCUAGGCCCUUCAAUGUACGAGUAUCAAGGCCGCGUGGCCUUGGACUUGGGUGCCUUUGUGGAUCGAUCCGAGGUCUGCCACGUGUCGCUGCGCCGCUGCGCCGUGCGCCCGGCGGCUGCUGGGCUGACACCCCUGCGGCGGUGUUACCUUGCUGCGCCGGAAGUGGCUGGUGGAUGUCAGCAAUUGGAGGUGCAAACGGGCGCGAUCUUUGAGCUCAACCAGCAUGGACAAGUUGCUGGGAUGCAGAUGAGCUAUGAAGAGUGGACCCAAAUCUGUGAAUAUCCCUGGGUCAAUUCCAAUCUUCUGGUGGCGAAAGCCUACAGAUUUUGGUGGUAA